AUGGCGACUGCAUCCCCAGGGUAUGAGCGUGCAUCUGUGCGCGUGUGCGCUCUCAACAUGGAUGUUCCCCCGGUGCCUUUCCGCCUGCUUGAUGCUGCCGAGCUCAGCACUAAAAUGGGAUCUAACGCCCAUCGGCUGCUGGGGGAAAUGUGUUGCUGUGGCGUGGCCUCGUCGCACCUCUUCGACUACGGCUCCACCAUGGCCGCAAAUGGAGGUGAUACCUCCUUCUACACGUCUUUGAUUUCAGACGUCCACUACACUACUCCGCGGGACUCCACCUACUUCACGGGCAUUUAUCAGCAGGAGAACAGCCCUGUUCCCUGCUCAGGCAGCACAGAAGGGUUUAAUACGCUGGGGCAUCCUGUUCAAGAUGUGACUGGAUUUGAGUCCCGUGGCUUGUUUAGCUCAGAUUCAGGAAUAGAGAUGACUCCUGCAGAAUCUACCGAAGUCGAUAAAACCUUAGCAGACCCCAUGAAAGUAGAAGCUUAUAAAUACAUGGACAUGAGUAGAUCAGAAGAAAUAAAAUACCAAGAAAAACGUGACCCAGACUUGGAAGGCGAGAGCCCAGGCCUUAUUGAUAAGUAUCGUGGAGUAUCAGCCGAAUCCGACCAAGCUGCUGAAGCUCAGGGGAUGGCUUUGGAGGGUACAAAGGCAGCCAAAGAGCGAGGCUCACUUGAAGACGAAAAAUCUGGUGAUCAGCACAGUGCCUCCACAGUGACAGCCCCUGUGAAGAUCACACUCACUGAGAUAGAAAGCACAGGGGAGCCUGCCAGCAAGGAGACUAGUCCAACUAAACCAGAAACUGGCCUGAAACCAAGCCACGAGGUGGUUCCAACAGUGACCGUGUCGGAGCCAGAGGAUGACAGCCCAGGGUCCGUCACGCCGCCAUCAUCUGGCACAGAACCGUCGGGCUCAGAAUCGCAAGGCAAAGGCAGCCUGUCGGAGGACGAACUUAUCAGCGCCAUCAAGGAAGCGAAAGGCUUCUCCUUCGAGGCCGCGGAGGCGCCGCGGUCGGCGGGCCUUUCCGCCGAGAGACCCGACCAGCGGGCGAAACCCGGGAGCCCCGCCGUGCCCUCGCCCCCCGAUAACGAAGCCAGCAGAGCCGAGACAUUAGUACGUCAGGUUUUGGAGGACGGAUCCCACGCUAUUGCUGCCACCAGAGAGCCAGUGCUGAGGCCAGCAGGGAUGCGGGAAGCUGAGGCCUCUUACAAUUUAGAACGUCUUGGUCUUCUCUCCCCAGCUAUCGAUCUGUUGUACUGGCGUGACAUCAAGCAGACAGGAAUAGUGUUCGGGAGCCUCCUGCUGCUGCUCUUCUCCCUGACCCAGUUCAGCGUCGUCAGUGUCGUGGCCUACCUGGCCCUGGCCGGUCUCUCAGCCACCAUCAGCUUCAGAAUCUACAAGUCAGUCCUACAGGCCGUGCAGAAGACAGACGAGGGACAUCCUUUCAAAGCCUACCUGGAGAUGGAAAUGAAUCUUUCACAGGACCAGAUUCAGAAAUACACAGACUGCCUCCAGCUAUAUGUCAACAGCACAGUCAAAGAGCUGAGGAGACUCUUUCUCGUUCAGGACCUCGUGGAUUCCUUAAAAUUUGCAGUACUAAUGUGGCUGCUGACUUACGUGGGAGCCCUCUUCAAUGGCCUGACUCUUCUGAUAAUGGCUGUGGUGUCUAUGUUUACUCUACCUGUUGUAUAUGACAAGUACCAGGCACAGAUUGAUCAAUACUUGGGACUUGUGCGGACCCACAUAAACACUGUUGUGGCAAAGAUUCAGGCUAAAAUCCCAGGUGCUAAGAGAAAGGCAGAGUAAAGCAGACAUCAAGAAUUCAUCAACUACAGUAGUGAAUAAUGGGGGAAUCUGGAGUGAAACAUCUCUGUUCUUACACUUUACUGCAAAUUUAUUGUUCUUUUUUUUUUCUCAACACCAUAAUCUUAGAAACAUAAAACUCAGAAGCAGUGCUUUUUCCCCUGCUGCUUCUGCACUUAGAAUAUUUGCAAUCACUUGUGUCAAGCACUAAAGUAUAGUAAAGAGAAAAGUGUACUAGAUGUGUUUUUUUGUGUUGCUUAUAAAGUGCAUGAUGGUGAGAGCCUAAAUAAUAUUGACCUUUUUUAUUUUAUUUUUUUAGUGUUUUUCCUUCUUCUAUUGGCAUUGCUUCUAUAACUUUUAAUGUUACAUGUGGCUAGGGGCUUUCCUGCUUAGCGCACUGAUGCAAUAGUUAAAAUUGCUUCUACGUCACUGGGUUGCUGGUUGGAUUCAUCUUUAUUAACUAUAUAGAAUUGUAGACUGAUGUUUUAGUGUUUUCCAGCACAAAUAAAAUAAACAGUAAUCAGUACUUAUAGUAAUCAGUUUUGUAUAACUCAAAAAAAGGAAAACAAAACCCAGUACUUUUGUCGUAAGGGAUUGACAGGCUAAUCUACGUGUAUGGUAACUGGAAAGUUCCAGCUUGUUAAAUUUAUUACAAUUUGUAUUACAUUCUCUGUAGUUCCUAAUGGACUUAAUUAUGGACUCUGAAUAUUUGCACUUAUGUACUUGAUACCGAAUGCAGAAAUAAAUGUUACUAAAUGUAAAA